UGUGCUGUUAGUAGAGUCUAGUAGAGAUUUUGCUUUCCUCUCUCAAGAUGUCCUGGACUCGAGUCUUCGUGCUCUCUCUGCUCGCUGCCCUCCUCAUCCUCACCUAUUUCAGUGUGGUGGAAAGUGCAGCGGUCCCAGAUGAUGCAAAACCAGAUGUAAAAUCAGACGAAACUAAAGAGCGAGCAUCGCGUGUGUUCAUGCCUGAGUCGGACGCCUUCAACUUCUUCAAGCGCCGCAAUCGCCGCUCAUACCAUGAUGAUCCUGAGGCCCAGGCCGAGCAGAGGGUACAGUACACCGCACAUGAGCACAGGAGAGAGUCCAGUGAGGACAGAAGAGGUCAGCGCGAGAGGUUUGCAGAGGAGGAUCAGGAUGAGCAAAAUGAGAGAACGAGAGAGACGCAUGAGCAGUACCGGGAAUAUCACUACGACGGUCUCUAUCCUCGCUACCGCUGGUACUUCUAACCCUAACCCUAACCCAUCGCAUGGAGGGCGCUGGGCUACAGCACCUUUCUUUUUUUUUUUUUUGAUCACCAUUAUUCUUCACCAAAUGUACCUCCAGGCACUUAUCACCAUAGAUAUCAUAACAUCUACAAAUCUACUAUAUAAAGUUUUUUUUUUUUUUUAAGUUUUUAUUUGAAUAAAACCUAGAUUGUACAAUAUGUAUCUUCGUAAGGUUUUAUCAUAUACGUCAGUGCUUCAUGUGUCACCCUGGAGACAAACCUGAAGAAAGCCAAAAACAACAGUCUCCGUCUCUUCCAAAGCAAUAGGUUCAACUUUGUGCCUCCUCUUUGUCUACUCGGCCAAGCAGACAGAUCAGCUGCACUGAUAAGUCUGAACUAAGAAAUCAAAGUGAAUUUAACAGUCUUCAGACACGGAUGACAUCCAGUGUGAUUUAGGGUAGCUCUAAGUAAUCAGAGAUUCAUGUUUGGGAUCCAAUAAAGUCUUCAUAACCAGGUGAAUUAACCUUAUUUGGACACAUAGUGAGUCUACUCAGUAUACAAAAAUAAAAAAGAUACUUCUGCCAGUAGGGAUCCUUCAGAAUUGGAGAGUGCACAGUGAAGUCACUUGGAUUGCCUCUCUGCUUUUCCUCGACCGAGCUUUCAAGAAAUGCUUCUGUGUGAUCCCUCUGGGCCUCCUGGAAACUUCAAGUUUUUUCUAACCAACUCUCUCAAGAUUUCCUUCACCAUCUUAAAUGGAGGCGCACAUUUUGCAUGUUUGUUUUACUGCCUUUGUUACAUGUAUUUAUAUAUAUAUACACAAGCUAUAUUACCUUCUUACAUCAUCAAUAAACUUGUUUCGC